AGCGGCUGGAGAGCAGCGAGAGAGGCUGAAUAGUGAGGCGGUGGAGUAUCACCGUACUGCUGGCGUGAAUAUGGCGGAGACCGUGCGCUCGCUCUUUGAAUACCGGGACCCACACGGCGACGGAGAAGGCGUCAAAGCGGCACCGCUAACUCGUGGGCGUGGUUGUGGAAGGAAAAGAAAAGGGACACCGGUGAAAGUGUUUGUAACACACACAGAGGAAGAGAGCGUGCCUGAGCAAAGCAUCAGCCCAGGUGAUCGAAAGGAGGGAGGAGAGAGUAAACGGCCCACACUGGAUGCGUCUUCCUACAGUACACAGCCUGCUCCUCACAACUGCGGUCCAUCAGAGCAGACUCGAGAUAAGGUCUCCACUGGAUCCAAGGGCAGCUCAGCCUCCACACCAGCUCUGUCUCCUGCUGCUUCCUCAGCCCCAACCCUGACACCUGUACCCGCUCCGGCACCAGCCACCACAGCGUCGGCUCAGGGUCAUGCUCUGACCCCAGCUUCCCCUGCUCCAGCUGCUCCAACGGCCUCCGCGCCAGCUCCGACAGCCAUGUCCUUCCCUCCACCCCCCAACUGCCGCAUCAGGGAGGUCCACUGUGGCAGCCAGGUGCGCCUGGUCGUCAUCGCCAUUCGAGACAUCACCAAGGGGGAGGAGAUCACAGUCGACUACAGCCUGACUGAGUGGGGAGAGAAUCUAGGUUUCCAUGCAACUGUGUCUCCAGCGCAACCGGAGUGUAAGUCUGACUCUGAAAAUAGCAACAAUAUCAAAAAGGAGGAUGAGCCUCUCUCUCUGAGCACCCAGCAGCAUCGGCAACAGCAGCAGCAACAGGACUAUGUCACCCCCUCCUGGUCCCUCUCCCCAUCAUCCUCCCCCAUCUCUCACUCUGAUGCCAGUGACUCAGAUGUUGGAGAUGAGGACAACUCCAGCCCCCGUGGUCGUGCACUUCGCCGGCGGAAGAAGCGUCGCGGUACGCCUUCGAAGAAAAAGACCCCCCAUCGGACCCCGCCCAGACGGUGUUUACCUGUCUCCUCCUCCUCCAUCGCUCCUCACCAUAAUCGUCCCCUUUCUUCCUCCCUGUCUCCUGGUCAGUCUUCUCCUGCCUGCUCAACUUCCUUCAGCUCCUUAACUUCUUCCAAACCUGAAUGCAAAAUUUCUGGAAGUGGCGGAAAUGUCACAGCAAACAUCCCAAGAGAAGGACCGUCCAGCGACUCCGCACGGCAAACCUGUGAACACUGUGGACGCCACUUUCGCUCGCUGGGCCGCCACUUGGACAAACACCAUGCCCACCAACCUGACGUGUGCUCUGCUCUUGUUGAGCGCUACACACAGAUGCCACGUCUGCAUGCGCCAGGCACAAACCCUCCUUCAGUGCACAAUCACAUAGAGCACCACUCCAAGUUUUCCCAGACCAGAGGGCAGAGCCGCAGCUCAGAUCCUGUGCAAAGUGGUGUUCAGGACCUUUCCAUGUCCCCGCCCUCUCUCACUUCAGCGGACCAAUCCCAUAGCUCCUCUGGGAGAAACUCCACAUCUCAGGUCUUGACCCCUCCUCAUGGGCAGAACGCAGUACCAGUGUCCGUCUUGAAGAGGAGCCCGCCACCCGUGGCAGUGGCACAGUCCAGGAAAGGAGGGGUGAGGAGACCAAGGAAAGAAAAACGGAUGGAAGAAGAUAAUGAGGAUGAAGAGGUGGAGGUAGUGGAUAUAGAGAGAUCAAAAGAGGAGGAGGAAAUGGAGCUGGUGGGCCCUCAGUCUUUUAACAGCAAAACAGCCAAAAAGAUGGAGGCACCCAAAGAGGAGGAGGAAGAGAAUGAAGAAGUGAAUGGAGUGAUGGAAAUAGAAGAUGACAGUGGGACAGAGGAAAAGGAAAAGGAGUUGCUGAGUAGUUCAGGUCGUCACCACAUGCUGCCACUCCUUUCUUCCCUGUCCUCUCUGGUCCUGUAUCUCCGUCGGCUUCAGCACUCGGCGUUCUUGUCCCUGUCCCGGCAGCUGCAGUCUGCCGAGGCCUGGCGCCUUCUCUGCCACUCCAGCCUUGCGCUCCUCAUUCUGUACAACCGAAGACGCGAGUGCGAGGUCUCCAAGCUGACCAUCGCGGAGUAUCGGGCUCGUGUGACUCCCCAGUGCCCUGUUCCCGUCCCUCCUGGUGCUCCUCCAGCUCUCACCCCAUUGGAAGCAUCCCUCUCCCCCUUUGAGCGACUGGUUCUUCCUCACCUCCCUAGAGUUGGGGUCCAGGGGAAGCGUGGACGUGUUCAGCCCCUCAUCCUUCCCCCUCACUGUGAGCCCUGCCUGGAGCUUCUCCUUCAGACUCGACAUGACGUGGGGGUAGAUCCUGUCAACCCGUACAUUUUUGCCAGACCCUACCACUCUCCAGCCACCCCUCUGCGUGGUACAGAUCUCCUUCGCAGCCUGGCCCGUUCCAGCGGCACCCGCAACCCCAGGGCCCUGACGCAGACUAGGGUCCGCCGUCAGGUGGCUAUCCUAACCCAGCUCCUGCUUCUAGGUGAGGGAGAGGAGCAUGGGCAGCUGGGAGGCGGCGCCGUGGAGAGGCUGGAGCACUUCCUCGAAAGGGAGUACCACGUGACACAGAACUGUGCCGGAAUUGGCCAAGACCCAGGCUUGAUGGGCAGAGUGGGCCGAGUGGUACUGUGCGGAGAGAGAGAUGGAGUGCUGUUCAGAGGGAUGAGCCUGAAUCACAUCUGUCUGGAGCUGGAUGUUUUGUCAGGAAACUCUGCGGACUCUUACUCAGAGGGAGACUCUGACGGAGAACAUGUGAAGGAGAAGUCCGAGGUGCCCACUCUGACCCCUGCUCUGAGCCCUCCACCGACCCUGCUGUACGUCAGGAAGGGCAAAAAUAACGGGAGGGUGGGACGGCCCAAGAAGGUCAAGAACAUCCAACCUCCCACACCACCGCUGCCCCCUCCUCCACCACCUCCACCUUUAAACCGCAGGAGAGGCUCAGGAAAGCGAGGUGUCCUGAAGCGUCCCUGGUCAGAGGCAGAGCGUGCAGCAGUCGAAGAGCACCUAACCAAGAACAUCAAUGAGCUUCGUGUCCCUGCUAAGGCUGACUGCGAACGCUGCUUGCAGCAGUGCCCCCUGCUGGUCAACAACCACCGCGACUGGCGAGCGGUCAAGUUCUACUGCCACAACCGCAUUCAACUUCUGAAGAAAAAUCAGCGGCGGGAAAGCCAACCACAGACGCUUGCGGUCUGCUGAGAGAGGGGAAGAGCCGGAGUGUUCGUUUUCUGAUUCAGCCGAUGUGCUUCGCUUAGGAUGCAAACAUUCAGAGACUCUCGACUUUCACCAACUCUCUGUAUUGACCUUUUCAUUGACAAAAAUGACAUUUGAUGUCCUAAAAGAAAAACGCAUUUCAGCUUUCUCCUGCUCAGUUUUAUGGUCUUAAAUUAACAGUAGAGUAUUUGCGAUGGUCCUACUCCUGGAAGCUGCAGCGCUGGUUGGGUGCAGAGCAGUGGGAGUGGAUGGCAGCAUCUGCCACAUCCUUCUUAUGUUUCUGGUUAAAGGAUGUGUUUUCUUCCAUCCAGAUCACAUACACUACAGAGAUAUCUAAACAAAGAGGGGCAACUGAUCCCUACAGUGUUAAUUGUGAAGUAGCAUUUGUCUUCAGACCAAUAGGAGACGUUUAUAGGACAAAUGGCCUCUGCUGGGGCUACACUUUCUGUCAUCCUUACUGUUGAAGUGGAAAACUACAGCUAACCAAGUUCUCUCUUCAGAUAAGCUAGUUCUUGUUUUCAGACAACUGACUGUGCAUUUCUUACCAUGAUAAAAUGAUAAUGGACCUUAACUAACACAUGAGGUACUAGAUUGUAAAUGAUUUGUGUUUCUGAAGUUAACCCCCACCCCCAAAGAAAAAAGUAAACGUCAGCCUGGAACUGGGAGCUUUGGUUAUUUUAGAGUUAACAAAGUUGAGUCCAGAAAGAUUUACACUGCUGUGAAAACCUGUUAUCUUCUGUCUGCUUUUCAACGUUGCUGCCUUGAGCAACUUUAUUUGGUUUGCUAUUUUUCUGCCGGUUGCAGACUUGUUUUUCAAAGGAGUAAGAAGGUGCUAUAGGCCAAAAUCUGACUAUCAUUUUAUGUGUAAAGGGGUUUUCCUUUGGUUGUGUUCGCUUGAAAACAGGGCGUUUAUUGGAAAAAAGAAAAUGGGACCCUUCCUGACAGGUAGAGCUCCUCCUGUGUUUUCACACUACAUGGUUUGCAGCUUGACUAGAAUUUUGGUUUUGCUCCGAAUCUGCGUCCGUCGGACUAAAACCUCCACAAAACCUCACAUCGGAUACUUGAAGUUAUUUCAGUCCAUUUAUUUUUUUCAGGAUCUCUUUCCUCAUUUCAUGCUUCUAGACUGGCCAGUUACACCUGUACAUAAUAAGUAUAUUACUGUUCUGCUGACUGGUUGCUUGAGUUAGAUGUCGCAUUGAGUUUUCUGUCCACUUCUGUGUUUAUGCUGUGUGUAAAUAAGCCUGUUUUGUAAAUACUCUUCAGAGAAUCAAAGGAAAAACACAAUGUAUGACUUGCUUAUUGUGUUAUGUUUUUUCUUUUAUAUAAAUCUUAUAAAAAGUUAAAACUUA